UCAUUAAUUAUAAUCUAGUAUCAAAUUAAAGACCAAGAGAGAUAGUUCAUAUCUGUUAAUAUUUCAAUCUAUUUAUAUAUUAUAGUGUAAAUAUGUUAAACAGUUUGUGAUUAUUAUGUUAAUAAUAGAAGUCUGUAGUAACUAUGUGUGUUGACAACAUUGUUAGUUUACAUAUAUGCUACAUAUAGUGGAAUGAUAUCAAAACAGUCGCCUGUUAUCAACUUAUCAUUGUUUACAUUGACGUCAAACGUAUAAAAUAAGAUCUUGGGAAAUAGGUUUCUUAAAAGUAACUCAGUGAUCGAAUAGUUCUAUUCCGUGAGUGUAUAUUUGCAUUUAUAAUGAGUUCUGUAGUGCGGACAGUGUUGGGAGACAUCAGUCCAGAGGAGCUUGGUCGCACCUUGACCCAUGAACAUUUAUCUAUGGAAUUUGAGCACUUCUACCGAAAACCACCAUCAGAAAUAUCAGCCGUCGUCGAUUUCAGAGAAAUUACAUUAAAAACGGUGGGUUAUUUAAGACAAUACCCUUACAGUUCUAAAUAUAAUCUUGUUUUAAAUGAUGACAGUGCUCACAACGCCGUCUUAAACGAUGUUAUGAUGUAUAAACAAUAUGGAGGAGGCACAAUAGUUGAAAACUCCACUGAAGGCCUCGAGAGAGAUUUAAGCUUUUGCAGGCGUGUGUCGAAGAUUUCGGGAGUUCAUGUUGUAGCAGGAACUGGUUACUAUAUUGCUGAUACACAACCGGCUAAUCAUCUCCAUUAUAGCAAAGAGGAUAUGUAUAGUCAUAUGUAUAAAGAAUUAAUGGAAGGGUGUGAUAUAGACAAUGUCAAUAUUAAAACUGGUUUUAUGGGAGAAAUCGCCAGUGUUUGGCCUCUGAGGGACCUUGAAAUCAAAGCUAUUAAAGCAGCAGGAGAACUUCAAGAAACACUAAAGUGUGGAGUGAGUUUCCAUCCACACCGCGUUACCGAAGCCCCCUUUGAGAUCAUUCGGCUUUAUUUGGAAGCCGGUGGUGCAGCUGACAAAGCAGUCAUGUCCCAUCUUGAUCGUACUCUUAUGGAGGAUGAAAAACUCCUCGAAUUUUCUGAGCUUGGCACAUAUUGUCAAUUCGAUUUGUUUGGAGUUGAGGUUUCCUACUAUCAGCUUAACGUGGAGACUGACAUGCCUUCCGAUGCUCAAAGAAUUCAAAAGAUCAAACUUUUAGUCGAUGAAGGUAAAGAAGAUAAAAUUCUGAUGUCUCAUGACAUUCACACAAAACACAGAUUGAUCGAUUUUGGUGGCCAUGGUUAUUCGCACAUCAUCAAUAAUGUUUUACCAAAAAUGAAGUCUAAGGGUUUCUCUCGUGCAACGAUAGACAAAAUAACUAUUGCGAACCCUGCAAAAUGGCUGACUAUACCAUUAUAAAUAGAAAUGUAAUAUAACUAUAAAUAGAAAUAUAUUUGAAAUAUAUACAUUUUAAACGUCGAAUGAAGUAAGAUCAAAUAUAAUUUCAUUACUUUUUUAUUUUCUGACAGAGACUUUC